AUGGCACAGGAUGAUCUGCAGGCGGCAAUAAAUAAAACUACAGUGGAUAUUUUAAGCGGCUACACCGGUGCUUACUCAUUCGCCAACAGCUUAGACUCAAAUCUUGAUAACGGAAAUAUGGUACCAAAUGUGUAUGACAUGAGUCUUGUUUCUAAUAAAACAGAUAUGGCUAUGGUCAAUUCGUCGCUAUCUGAAUCGAUGACAGAGAACAUGACAUGGGAUACAAUGCCAGUAGGUGAAGCUAUUGUGUCUUCCUCUUUGCAAGGAUUUUUCAUAUUUACAACAGUGUUCGGAAACAUCCUCGUUGUGAUGUCUGUAUUCACGUACAAGCCUUUACGAAACGUCCAGAACUUUCUUAUAGUCAGCCUCGCUUGCGCUGACAUGUGUGUGGCGACCUUGGUUAUGCCAUUCAACGUGGUCUAUAACAUGUUAGGCUAUUGGACAUUCGGGAUGGUAUUCUGUCAGCUUUGGCUUACGAUGGACGUGUUGUGCUGCACGGCAUCUAUUUUGAACUUAUGCGCAAUAGGCCUGGACCGUUACUGGGCUAUUCAUGAUCCAAUAAAUUAUGCACAAAAACGGACACUAGGAAGGGUUAUGUUUAUGAUCUUGAUGGUGUGGGGACUAAGUGGUAUGAUCGCCAUCCCCCCGCUUGUUGGCUGGAAUAAUUGGCCAGACGUGCAAAAUGAACGAAUGAUGAUCUGUGCCCUUACAGAUGAAAAGGGAUAUGUUAUCUACUCUGCAUCUGGAUCGUUCUUCGUUCCUUUAUUCAUAUUGUCUAUUGUAUAUCUAAAAAUAUUUCUCGCUACACGCGAGCGGCUGCGAAAGCGAGCAAUGGCUGGUGCUGCCAUGAAAAUCACAGCGGCCAGUAUAGUAAACAAUCACAACACUGAAUGCAGCUCCUCUGAAAGCCCAGAGGAGACAAAAGACACACACGUUAUUGCGGAUGAUAACAGCACCGCGUUAUGUAUAAAUAAACGCAAAUAUGAACACCUUAAGGACAGUCCUAACAGGUGUCAUAAUGGGUCAACCCAAAAACUGAAUCCUAAGCAAUCGCCAAAAACCUUUCCCCAAAAGUCGAAUUUACAAAUACACAAAUUCUUGGAAGAAAGGGCAAAAAUAUCUCUAUCCAAAGAAAGACGUGCAGCUAGGACACUAGGCUUCAUAGGCCUCUGUCGCUUUGCGUAA